AUGGGUAAGGAAGAGAAGAACCACAUCAACGUCGUCGUUAUCGGCCACGUCGAUUCCGGCAAGUCGACCACCACUGGUCACUUGAUCUACCAGUGCGGUGGUAUCGACAAGCGUACCAUCGAGAAGUUCGAGAAGGAGGCUGCCGAGCUCGGCAAGGGUUCCUUCAAGUACGCGUGGGUUCUUGACAAGCUCAAGGCCGAGCGUGAGCGUGGUAUCACCAUCGACAUUGCCCUCUGGAAGUUCGAGACUCCCAAGUACUAUGUCACCGUCAUUGACGCUCCCGGUCACCGUGAUUUCAUCAAGAACAUGAUCACCGGUACCUCCCAGGCCGACUGCGCUAUUCUCAUUAUCGCUGCCGGUGUUGGUGAGUUCGAGGCUGGUAUCUCCAAGGAUGGCCAGACCCGUGAGCACGCUCUGCUCGCCUACACCCUCGGUGUCAAGCAGCUCAUCGUCGCCAUCAACAAGAUGGACACCACCAAGUGGUCCGAGGCCCGUUACGAGGAGAUCAUCAAGGAGACCUCCGGUUUCAUCAAGAAGGUCGGCUACAACCCCAAGACCGUUGCCUUCGUCCCCAUCUCCGGCUUCCACGGCGACAACAUGCUUGCCCCCACCACCAACGCUCCCUGGUACAAGGGCUGGGAGAAGGAGACCAAGGCUGGCAAGUCCACCGGCAAGACCCUCCUUGAGGCCAUUGACGCCAUCGACACCCCCAAGCGUCCCACCGACAAGCCCCUCCGUCUUCCCCUCCAGGAUGUCUACAAGAUCGGUGGUAUUGGAACAGUGCCCGUCGGCCGUAUCGAGACUGGUGUCCUCAAGCCCGGCAUGGUCGUCACCUUCGCCCCUGCCAACGUCACCACUGAAGUCAAGUCCGUCGAGAUGCACCACGAGCAGCUUACUGAGGGUCUCCCCGGUGACAACGUUGGUUUCAACGUGAAGAACGUCUCCGUCAAGGAUAUCCGCCGUGGCAACGUCGCCGGUGACUCCAAGAACGACCCCCCUCUGGGUGCCGCUUCCUUCAACGCCCAGGUCAUCGUCCUUAACCACCCCGGUCAGGUCGGUGCUGGAUACGCCCCGGUUCUCGACUGCCACACUGCCCACAUUGCCUGCAAGUUCUCCGAGAUCCUCGAGAAGAUUGACAGACGUACCGGCAAGUCUGUUGAGAACAACCCCAAGUUCAUCAAGUCUGGUGACGCCGCCAUCGUCAAGAUGGUUCCCUCCAAGCCCAUGUGCGUUGAGGCCUUCACCGACUACCCCCCUCUGGGACGUUUCGCCGUCCGUGACAUGCGCCAGACUGUCGCCGUCGGUGUCAUCAAGUCCGUCGAGAAGUCCGCUGGCAACGCUGGCAAGGUCACCAAGUCCGCUGCUAAGGCUGGCAAGAAAUAA